UCCAAAAGUUAAUACAGUGAACUUGGAAGUGAAGUUGAGCGCGGAUGACAUUUUGAUUGCUUGAGGCAGUCCGUCUGCUCGCCGUUUGUCACAUAACACACUCACCCUUCUGCAAGACCUCCAACACCAACGACCACCACGAUAAUCCAUCCCCGAAUCGUUACCACUGCCACCUCCUCCUCAUGGCGUACUUCAAAAUCACGCUUAUGCGGUCGGCCAUUGGCCUUCCGAAACCCAUCGGUGGAGUCCUCAAGUCGCUCGGACUCAGGAAACGCAUGGCGACUGUGUAUCAACCUGUUCGACAAGACGUGGCAGGAAAAAUCAUGGCCGUCAAGGAGCUGGUGGAUGUGCAAGAAGUCGAGAAACCGCUCACGAAUGCGGAGAUGCGGGCAUUACGGCGCCCCGAUCCGGGGUUCUAUGUCGAGAGCCGAGGAGUACAACGUUUCGAUACCACCGAAUGAACGCAGCUUCAUAACACAUCGAGCACGAAUCGACUACUGGAAAUUGGGGACGUCUCGAGCCUAGGGGAAUAUGGCAAAUAAUAUGAAUGAAGCCAGGCUCUACUCACGGCACUACGACGAAUGUGCAGCUGGGAACACUGGGAAAGGAGAGCAUUGUAGUCACACCACAUACGCUGUUGGAAGAUAUCCAAGGACGAGAGCUGGGAUCAGGAUGGAUGAUGCAUUGGAAUCUAUGUGAUUUAGCAUCGAGACAGACAUGGAAGCGCUGCGUGGUAUAUAUGCCAAGCUGCUGGCUUUACCAAACCACCAACCGAGCUUUUUCAAAAUCAAUCUCGCGUAUUGCGACUCAUCACCACCAACCGCUUGACUCCAACC